AUGGCUUCAGCUCUCCGGAACCUCGAAUCCGCCGUCCUGUCCAAGAUCCCGGGCAUCGACCCUCGCGUCGCACAGCGCUCCCAGGCCUUCUCCGGCUUGAACGACGGGCCCGCCGCGACGGCGGCACGCCUUGCCGGCCUCACGCAGGAGGAGCCUGCCAAGGACGACGGCAUGUACUACACGACCAACUUUGGCCAGGUCCUCCCCGACGCCUCGCACGCGCUCAACAUCGGCGGCAUCCCCGUCCAGACCGACACGGCGCUCCUCGAGAAGCAGCAGGCGUUCAACCGCAGCAAGAUCCAGGAGCGUAUCGUGCACCCGUGCGGCUCGAGCGCGUUCGGCAAGUUCACCGUCACGAACGACAUCUCGAACCUCACCAAGGCGGCGUUCCUCCAGCCGGGCACCGUCACGCCGGCCUACACGCGCUUCUCGACCGUCACGUACGGGCGCGAGUACCCCGACUGUGCGCGCAACCCGCGUGGGUUCGCCACCAAGUUCUACACGGCCGACGGCAACUUUGACCUUGUCGGCCUCAGCUGGCCCGUAUUCUUCGUGAGGGACGCAUGGAUGGGCCCGGACAACAUCCGCAGCCAGCAGCGCAACCCGAGGAACUUCCUCCUCGACUACAACGCCUGGUUCGACUUCCUCGCCAACGUCCCCGAGUCCAACCACGCCGGCCUCAUGCUCCUGUCCGACCACGGCACGCCCGUCGGCUGGCGCCACAUGUCCGGCUUCGGGUGCCACACGUUCCGCCUCGUCAACAAGGAGGGUCGCUCGACCUUCAUCAAGUGGCACUGGGUCCCUGACCACCCGACCAAGAACUUCACGUUCGACGAGGCGACGCGCAUGUGCGGCGAGGACCCGGACUAUGCCAAGCGCGACCUGUGGGAGCACAUCGAGCAGGGCAACACGUGCAACUGGACGCUCAAGAUCCAGACCAUGACGCCCGAGGAGGCGACCCAGGUCGAUUUUGACCCGUUCGACGUCACAAAGAUCUGGCCGCACGCCCAGUACCCGCUGCAGGACGUCGGCGUCCUGUCUCUCACGACCAACCCCGAGGACUACCACCGCGACGUCGAGCAGGCCUGCUUCAGCCCCGGCUCGCUCGUGCCCGGCAUCGAGCCUUCUCCUGACAGCCUCCUUAACUGGAGAAUGUGGUUCUAUCGCGACGCGCAAUACACUCGCAUGGGCUCGGCCAACAUCCACCAGGUGCCCGUCAACUGCCCGUUCAUGGCCAAGGCGCACUCGCCCGACAACUACGCCGGCGCCAUGCGCGUCGACGGCAACACGCUCGGCAAGCCCGUCUACUUCCCCAACAGCUACCACAGCGUGGCCCCGACGACGGGCACGACGCCGUCCUUUGACCCGUCGACGGUCGAGACGCCGAUGCAGGUCGGGUCGAACGUCCUGAGCCGCAAGAGCCACCACCGGCACGAGGGCAAGCCGAGCGAGUACGACCAGGUGCGCGAGCUGUACCAGCGCGUGCUCAGCACCGAGGAGCGCCAGAACCUGCACUCGAACACGGCUCGCCUGCUCAAGUUCGCCGACGACAUCGUCAAGAAGAACUACCUCAUCCAGCUGUACGCCAUCGACCCGUCGUACGCGCUCUCGGUGUACGAGGGCCUGCCGGAGAAGCCGACCACGUUCACGAUGGACGAGGUCGCCGACAAGAGCAAGACGGCGCACCUCGUCGGCAAGAACCCCAACUUCCUCACGGCCGACCAGGGGCGCAGCUUCAUGGGCAUGCCGAUCGGCGGUCAGUACUCGAUGGGCAAGUGCCCGGCCGGCUUUGCCUGAGCGCCUACCCGUUCUUUCUCUCCCUCCUCUUUCGUAGCGUCUCGAACAAAGUCAGUGCCUCUCGAUGUGCUGUG